AAAAAACAAAAAAUAACAAAUAAAAAUAAAAAAGACACAUUCAUAUUCACACACACAAAACAGAACACAGAGAAAGAGUAACACACAAAAACAGCUUCAUAAAACAACACAAAAUCCAUACCUUAAACUCUUCAAAAACGUUUUUCUUUUCUUCUCUUUAUUCUUUCAACUCUCUCUCUCUCUGAAAUUUUCAAUCUUUUUGAGAGAGAAACACAUUCACAUAAAAAUCUUACAUACCCUUUUCUUAUUCUUCAAUUGGGUUUUCCUUAAUUUUCAUUUUCAAUAAACCCUUUUGUUGAUUCUUAUAAAUUUUGAAUUUUUUUCUAUAUUUUCUGCAAUGUCAACUGCUCCGGCGCCGUCUUCGCCGCCGGCGGGGAACACCGCGCCUCCACCGUCAACCCCAGCAGCACCACCACCUGCAACACCUUCCUCACCACCACCUGCAACACCUUCAUCACCACCUCCUGCAGUGCCGUCAUCACCUCCACCGGCUACUCCCUCCGCUCCUCCGCCGGCAACUCCUUCAAAACCACCUCCGGCGACACCUUCAAAACCACCUCCGGCGACACCUUCAGCGCCUCCACCAGAUACACCUUCAAUUUCUCCACCAGCACCAAAUACUCCGUCGACCACUCCACCGUCGAGUUCUCCGCCGUCACCGCCGUCGUUGACUCCCGGAAGUGGCACUACUCCAAGUCCACCAUCACCACCUUCCACUAAAACUCCACCAAGCUCUGAUCGAAGCCCAACACCACCUUCCUCCAAAUCUCCACCAUCGCCACCAUCUCCACCGUCUUCUUCGUCAAGUAUUUCUACCGGAGUAGUCGUCGGAAUCGCUGUCGGAGCUGUGGCCAUUCUUGUGGUUUUGAGCAUUCUGUGCAUGUGCUGUAGGAAGAAAAAGAGAAGACGUGAUGAAGAAUACUAUGGUCAGCAGCAUCACCAACCACCACCACCUCAGCGAUCCAAAGUUGAUCCUUAUGGUGGUCCACCACAACAAUGGCAGCAUAAUGCUCACCCUCCAUCAGAUCAUUUAGUUUCAACUAUACCUAAGCCGCCACCUCCUGCUCCAAUUCCAUCGCGACCGCCAUCUCAUGUUGCACCGCCACCGCCUCCUUUCAUAAACAGCAGUGGUGGUUCUGGAUCAAACUAUUCAGGCGGCGAACUGCUUACACCUCCUUCUCCAGGCCUUGCAUUUAGCUCCGCAAAGAGCACUUUUACUUACGAGGAGUUGGCACGUGCAACUGAUGGCUUCUCUGAUGCUAACCUCCUCGGACAAGGUGGAUUUGGAUAUGUUCAUAGAGGCAUACUCCCUAACGGUAAAGAGGUUGCUGUUAAGCAGCUAAAAGCGGGAAGUGGACAAGGAGAACGUGAGUUUCAAGCUGAAGUAGAGAUUAUUAGCCGUGUACAUCACAAGCAUCUUGUUUCACUUGUUGGAUACUGCAGCACUGGUUUUCAGAGGCUACUUGUUUAUGAGUUUGUUCCAAAUAAUACAUUGGAAUUCCAUUUACAUGGAAAAGGACGACCAACAAUGGAUUGGGCAACAAGAUUGAGAAUUGCUUUGGGAUCUGCAAAAGGAUUGGCUUAUCUUCAUGAAGAUUGUCAUCCUAAGAUCAUUCAUCGUGAUAUUAAAGCUGCUAACAUUCUUCUGGAUUUUAAGUUUGAAGCAAAGGUUGCUGACUUUGGUCUUGCAAAGAUUGCUUCUGAUCUGAAUACUCAUGUUUCUACUCGAGUGAUGGGGACUUUUGGGUAUCUGGCUCCAGAAUACGCAGCUAGUGGAAAACUUACAGACAAAUCAGAUGUUUUCUCGUAUGGAGUCAUGCUCCUCGAGCUAUUAACUGGACGGCGUCCGGUUGAUAAAAACCAGACUUUCAUGGAGGAUAGUUUGGUAGAAUGGGCUAGGCCUUUGCUCAUGCGUGCUUUAGAAGAAGAUAAUCUUGAUUCUCUGAUUGAUCCAAGGCUGCAGAAUGAAUUUGACCCUAAUGAGAUGACUCGUAUGGUGGCAUGCGCUGCAGCUUGCACUCGUCACUCAGCAAAGCGUCGACCAAGGAUGAGUCAGGUUGUGCGCGCUUUAGAAGGAGAUGUAUCACUAGCAGAUCUUAACGAAGGGAUUAGGCCAGGACACAGUUCUGUUUACAGUUCUCAUGAAAGCUCAGAUUACGAUACUCAACAAUACAAAGACGACAUGAUCAAGUUCAGAAAAAUGGCAUUAGGAACUCAAGAGUACGCCGGAAGCAGCGAAUACAGUGCAGCUACUAGCGAAUAUGGUCUAAACCCGUCUGGCUCAAGCAGCGAAACCCAAAGCCGCCAGACAACAAGGGAAAUGGAAAUGAGAAAGAUGAAGAACAGUCAAGGAUUUAGUGGAAGUUCAUGAGCCUUGAAACAAUUGUUUGCUAUAUUUUUUUUUAAUCUUGUAUAAAAAAUCUAUGUCUUUGAUUUUUCACCUAUGGAUGACACGGUUGAUUUUUUUGCUUGACUGACAUGUUUGGAUUGACUUACCAAUUACCAAAUUAUUGUUACUAUUUUUUCCCCAAAAUGUUUCACAUAUUUUAUCUGUAUUUAUCAAAGUAUACAACAUAUAACAGUUGAUUCUUUCA